UUUUUUGAAAAAUGGACAAAAAGAAGGACUCAAAAGAACCCAAGGAUGUUGAAAUGGAACAAAAGAAGGAAGAAGAAGUUAAACAAGAAAAAUUUGAUCCAUAUUUGGAGAUUAGGAAGCAGCUUAUUUUACUUGAGAAAGCGGUGGAGAUGAAGGAUACAAAGACGUGUGGAGUAGUAGCGAGGAAUUUCAAAAGGAUUAGAGCGGAAUUUUCUCUCAAAGAUGUUGGAUUGGUUUAUGAUCAUUACUUACCAGAUCUCUCGGCGAAGAUAAAUUUGCCAAAGUAUGAUCCGGAUAUUGUUAAAUUUGACGUUGAAGACAAAUUGCAUUUGAAUAAAGAGCGUGCAGGUGUUCUUACAAAGAACUUCGAAGCCAAAUGAUUCCUGCACAUCCUUCUUAUAAUGAAACUCAUUGAUGAAAGAAAAAUCAAAAUGGCUAAGGAAUUCGUAGAUUAUGCAAGAGCACAAAUUGACCUUGAAAAUUCAAGAACCCUCGAUCACUUCUUCUCAAAAAUUUACUAUUACUCAGGAUUUAUUUAUGAGAAAUUGGGAGAGUUGAAUAAUUUUGUGCCACAGUUCUUGGAUGCUUACAGAGCUGCUUGUCAUAGAAAUGACGAACAGACGCAAGCAACAUUGAUCAACUACAUUCUAAGAUCAUACAUUAAUGAUCAAUUGUAUAUCCAAGCUGCUAACUUUAUUGAAAUUUGCUCACUUCCAGAAAAUGUGUCUCCAAACCAACAAGCAAGGAACUUAUACUAUGAAGCAAAGAUCCAAGCUGUCCAGAUGAAAUACCCAGAAGCACAGGCUCAUGUAAUCCAAGCAAUUAGAAAAGCUUCUGAGUAUACUGGAAAGGCAUUCAGAGUCCAAGCAAUGAAACUCCGUAUCAUUGUAACACUCCUCAUGGGAGAGAUUCCAGAUAGAUCCUUAUUCUCAGACCAGGAAAUGAAGAGUGAUCUCUAUGCCUACUUCAUCAUAGUCCAAAAGGUUAGGGAAGGAAAUAUUGAAGAAUUCAUGAAAGUAAUCAAUGAGCAUGAAGAUACCUUCAAGAAGAAUGAUAAUUAUAACCUCUUGAUUAGGCUUAGACAUAAUGUCAUCAAAUUUGGACUGAGAAAAAUCAAUGCAAGUUAUUCAAGAAUCUCCCUUGCUGAUAUCACAACUAAGCUUGGCCUUGAAUCUGUGAAAGAAACUGAAAGUAUUGUCACUAAAGCUAUUAGAGAUAAGGUCAUUAACGCAGUCAUUAAUAGAGAAGAUAGAGAGCUCAAGACUAAUGAAGUAGCUGAUGUGUAUACUAGCAAUCUCCCCACAACUCAGUUAGACAAGAGAAUUAGAUUCUGAAUGGAAAUCUAUAAUGAUUCUGUAAAAGCACUUGAAUUCCCUAAAAAGGAGACAAAGAAGAUCGACUUCAACCUUGAAGAUGACGAAGAAAUUCAAGAUGAGCAAGAACUUGUUGAAUCUUUGCUUGAGGAAUUUGAUGAUAUGUAAAUCUUCAUUAAUCAACUUAAACAGUCAAUAUUA